CUUACCCUCUCUCUCUUUCCUCUCUCACAACUUCACAUAUUCUCCUCAACUUACGCCUUCUUCGAUUCGCUUCGUUUCUUCGCUGAAGUUGUUUGUGCCUUUCUUCUCACUGCGAAGCAUGAAAUUCGGUAAGAGUCUCAGCAACCAGAUCGAGAAAACCCUGCCUGAGUGGCGGGACAAGUUCCUCUCCUACAAGGAGCUCAAGAAGAAGUUGAAGCAGUUAGAGCCUGCUGCUAAAGUUGGCCACGAUGGUGGCUCCGACAGGGCCGCCAAACGGCCGCGACUCGACGCCGCCGACUCCAAGGAGGGCGGAGACAAGGAUGGCAUGUCCAAGGAGGAGUGCGACUUCAGGAACUUGUUGGAGAACGAACUCGAGAAAUUCAAUAACUUCUUCGUUGAGAAGGAGGAAGAGUACAUUAUCAAAUUGAAGGAGUUGCAAGACAGAGUGGCGAAAGUUAAGGAUUCUAAUGAAGAGUUACUGAAAAUUCGGAAAGAAAUCGUCGAUUUCCAUGGAGAGAUGGUCUUGCUGGAAAACUACAGUGCCCUUAACUAUACAGGACUAGUGAAAAUACUAAAGAAGUAUGAUAAGAGAACCGGGGCUCUCAUUCGAUUGCCAUUCAUCCAGAAGGUAUUGCAACAGCCAUUUUUUACCACUGACCUGCUCUACAAGCUUGUAAAGGAAUGUGAGUCAAUGCUGGAUCGCCUCUUUCCGGCAAAUGAACCUGCAGCCUACGAUGAGGGAACUUCACAAACAGAAGGGUGUGAUCCUUCAAGUUCAGCUAUGACCAAGAGUAAAGGUCUACUGAUACCGAAGGAACUAUCGGCGAUUGAGUACAUGGAGAGCCUCUAUAUGAAGAGUACCAUAUCAGCAUUGCAUGUUUUGCAGGAGAUUAGAAGUGGAAGCUCUACAGUUAGCAUGUUUUCCCUGCCACCACUGCAAAUGAGUGGGUUGGAAGAAAAAUGGAAGAAAAUACCUUUUCUGGAACAAACAGCCAAGUGACCUGCUUGGUUACUUUCAUACUUUGAGAAGCAGAGCAGUGGGAUGGGUUUCGUCCCUCUUCUUUUUCCUUGAAAAUGAUGCCUCUGUUAUGCGCGUGCCUUAGAUACUAACACAGACGUAAGAUGCUAAAUGUAAAGAAGGAAUUGGUUGGAUCAAUAGAAUCAUAUAGGUUCCUGAUAAUAAAACCUCUUCACUUUAUAGGAUUAGUCAUGUUUCGACAUUUUGCUAACGCUUAUAUAUUUAAGUAUCAGUAUGUAAUGUAACUACAUGCUCUGUAUCUGCUUCCUGCUUGAAUGUUAGUUAUAGACGUUUAAAGAUUUUCUUUUUA